CUCUUAUUGGGACUAAAUAGUGCAGCUGCAGACACAGUGACCUGCAGGCUUGGAUAGACUUCUGAGAAAGGGAUUCUGGAGCUGAAAUGGAAAGUUCUCACUGUCUACAGGGCUUAGGAUGGGGGUGGCAUGGCGUCUCCUGAAAGCGAGGGCCCUCAACAACUGAAGGAGAAAACCCCUUGUCAUAGCAGACUGUGUGGUGGCAGUUGAUGGAUUGAAAGUUCUGGGUGGAACCAGGGAAACCCCCACCCACCUUCAUCCCAUCCAAGCAUCCACAGGAUUCCAUGAGCCAUGGCUCAUUUUUGAGUCUUGAACCCUGCUCCUGCUCCCUCCAAUCUAACAGCUCAUCAUGCUUGGGCUAAGGUAAUCUUCCUGGACUCUAGCCAGAGCUGAGAAUGUCAUAAGCAAGCAAAGAAGGUCCCAGGGCUGACGCAAAAGAUACUUGAAGCUGCAGAUCUGUCUUCUGGGUGCCAGGACUACCCCUGGCAGCCUGGGGUCUGUCCGGCUGGUGGCUGAGUGCCUGAAGUGCAAGUGCUCAGCUCUGCAGGGCCACGGGGCCACCCAGCCAGCCUGCCAUGUAGCUGGAGGGCCAAUGCCUUGGUGAUAGAACCAAGCUUUGCAGCUGAUGCUUUUGGCUGCCAAGGGGCUCCCUGGAGGCUGGGUUGGGCUGGACUUAACUGGGUGUUAGAGCCUGAGUUCAGCUGCAAGAUAUUUUGAGGGUGAGGACAGACAGUAAGGUAGUGUUACUGCCUGGGUUCUUUCCUAUCUCUUGGGAGGGCCAAGCUAGAGCUGUUUGUUACCAAGCACCAUUUUUCUAAUUAUGCAUCCCGCCCAUCUGGACAGGAAUAGGCUGAGGGCUUGACAAGCAGGGAGCCAGGCUCCUACUGCCAACAACUAAAGAUUCCACAUUUCCAUGGGAUGGAAAGGUCCUGGAAGUCAGAGCCAGCCCCUCCCUCUUUAGCAUUGAAGGCUGACACACAAAACAGGGAACGCCUGGGCAGCCUGCAGUGGAAACUUGGAGCCGCGGUGUGUGGCAGGCGGAUGCAGGAGCAGAGAGCAGCUGGAGAGAGGAACACUCAAAGGACGUGGUGGGGCAUUGCUGGGACAAUGCAGCUCCUGGCUUGGCUAAUAGUAGCCAUUUGCCUUCUCCCUGGGGUGACUACAACCCAGCACCAUCCAGGGAAGCCCAUGGACAGCGCCAGCCUGGGAGGUGGCCUGCAGGAACCAGAGGCCCCGGAAGUGAUGUUUGAGCUGCUCUGGGCUGGGCUGGAGCUGGAUGUCAUGGGGCAGCUGCACAUCCAAGAUGAGGAACUGGCAUCCACACACCCAGGCCGCCGACUCAGGCUUCUCCUGCAGCACCACGUGCCCAGUGACUUGGAGGGUGCUAAGCAGAGGCUGCGGCAGUUCCAGGACCUGCGUAAAGGGCCUCCUCUUAGCCCUUGGGACUUUGAACAUCUGCUCCUCACAGGCCUGUCCUGUGUCUACCGGCUCCACAAGGCUAGUGAGGCUGAGGAGAGGGGUCACUGGGCCCAGGUCUUUGCCCUGCUGGCACAGGAAACACUCUGGGACCUGUGCAAGGGCUUCUGCCCCCAGGGGCAGCCCCCUUCUCUGGGGCCCUGGGCCUUGAUCCUUGACCCCUUUCCCUGACCCUCCCCCUUCACCUGCCAGCCCAUGACUGCCCCCCAACUCGUGGCCCAAGACAGACCCAUCCUGGGCAGCAGCUUCCAUCUGGCACCUGCUUCUUCCCGCUAUGUACAGGUCUCUGGGCUUGGACUGGACCCUGGACCCAGCUUACCUGUCCUCCAUUUUCUUCCCUGAGCCCUGGUAGACUAAGAGCCUGGGUCUCAGGCAGCAGACACAGAGCUAAAGGCAGGACUUGCAGGUGUGGCAAUGUGUGAGUGUGUGUUGGGGUCAGGGUUGAGGAGUGUGUUCAAGAGAUGCCGAAAAGAAAUCGGCCCCAAGGAAGGCCAAGUCAGAGAGAGGCUCCAACUCCUACCCUGGCAGUCUGUGACAAGUCCUAUGGGAUCUAUGGGAACCUUGUGAAUGGUCAGCACCCAGUUCUAAUUUGGGACUCCGGUGCAACUGAUGCUCCAGAGUCCCUGUGUCCAUCUGGACAAGAACAGACUAGACGUUUUUAGUUUGGUAUGCUCCAGGAGUGGAGGAAUGCUGGUGGAAGAACAUUACCUUUUCUUGGUGGAGGUGGGAGGGGGGGCAGGUUUUUGGUCCCUCUCAACCAGGCUCAGAUGAACACCUCAGAGAGAGAAGUGAGGCUGCGAGGGGCCUGGCUGAGAGAGACAAGCAGAGGCUGGCUGGUGUGUGGUCCUGCUCCUGUGUAGCUGUCCCAUAAAGUGUUCUGUUCUGGCCUCCUGCAGCCUGUGUCCUUUUACGCCAGAGUAAGUUGUUUAACCCCUGCCCUGGGCGAAUCACCCUCCCUGUGCUGGGAGGGCAGGAGUUGGAGCAACCAGGUAUCACCUGCUCAUCCCCCACACACCCUGCUAGGGGAAGGAACGUUCUGUUUCCUUGAAUCCCAUACUCCCAGAAAGGGAGCAGGGUGUGGCCCCCCCGUCACAAGAACCAGCUGGACCCCAAGUGACGUCGCGGGCCAGUGGGGAGGAUUUGGAGGAACUGACUGGAAAGGAACGCGAAGGGGCGUCCCGCCAGGGCCUGGGGGAGUAGGGUUCAGUUCAAUCAGAUUUCCUGUCUCCUCGGCCUCCCAGGGCCGGACCGAACCUGCCCUCGGCCCCGCGACCCCCACCCCCGCCCCGACACCGCAGCGUCGCGGACACGACAGAGCGCAGGAGCCCAGGC